AUGGCAACACAGCUGUAUCGCUUCGCCGCCCAGGGUGUCGUAACAGCCGCUGUGCCGCAAGACGCUCGACGGGCCAUUUCACCGGGAAGGAGUUCCUCUGGUUCGGCCGGCCAGAAAGAGACGAAAGAAAAGUGUCCAAAAUGUCAGCUGUCGGCGUAUGCUCACCCUAGAGGUGCUUACCCCCUUCACAAGUGA